AUGUCAUUAUAAGGAUCAAAGAUUUCAGUAUAUUAUUAUGAUUAUUUUUUUAGGCAUUGAUAGAUGAUUUAAAUGCAGAUAAUAUUCCUGAAUAACUCAAUUUUAAUUUGUAAUUAUUUACAGAAGCAGAUAAAAUAAAAUAAAAUAAAUAACUAUAUUGUUGCCUUUAAAAUGUUAUUUUGCAAGUUUGCAUUUCUAAUUUGAUAGUUAUUUAUAUUUCUAAGAAUCUGAAAUAGUAGACAAUUAAGGCUUAUCAUAAUUGCAAAUAAUAGAUGAAAUCAAUUUUUAUCAAUAAGAACCUUUACCAAAUAGGUAUUUUUAAUAAAAUUAUUUUAUGUAAGUAAUUUUGAUAUUGAUUACUAUUCAGAAAUUUAGGUUGAUGAUAACUUAAAAAGUUAAAGGAUAAGUGAGAUGCUUAGAUAAAUAUAUUAAAGAAAUUAUUAGAUUCGUUCAAAAUGUAUAAGUAGAAAGAUGAGAGGUAAUGCUGAGAAGGAAUUACGGAUAAGCAUAAAAUUAGAUAAUAAUAAAAUGUAAGUAAUAUAGAGGGGGGUUUAUUUACUUGCAAUAAUGAAAUUAGCAUGGCUUUAAUAUUUUUCUUCAUUUAUAAUAAAAUGGGUUUUGGAAGGGAGUUUUUAAUAUUUCUUUAUAGAUUCAGAAUAGUUGAUACUUAGAAAGUGGAAUAAUUUUGAUUAAUAUUUAUUUAAUAUAAAAAUGUUAUUGUGGUUAAAUGGAAUGACUAAUACAUCUAUAAAACAUCCAAUGGACACUAUGAUGGAUGAAUAUCAUGCUAAUCCAAUUAAUAUCGUACCUCUAUUAGCAGAAGAUGAAUUUUUCAUAUAAGCAAAGAAUCUUAAUCCAAAAGUGAUAGACUUCAUUAGAUAGCAUUAAAAAAGCAUUACAACAUAACUCUUAGAUUUAAUUGUACAAUAAAUUGAUGAGGUUACAGAAACAAAUCAUGAUCAAGUUGUUGUAUUUCCAAUUCUAUCAAUUGAAUUUUUUGAACUUGAUCUUCCACCCUUAACUUAAAUGAUUCUCUAAGAAGUAUAAUAUAUAAUUCUUAUACUUCUUAGACAGCAAUUCAAACUCUCUUCGCAGGAUUACUAAAAACUCCAGAUCAAAUACAUGAACCUUAAUGGUCAAAUAUAUAAANUCAUACUAAUACAUGUCAUUAUAAGGAUCAAAGAUUUCAGUAUAUUAUUAUGAUUAUUUUUUUAGGCAUUGA